AUGUCGACAAUGCUUCAACCACCAGCCCUCAACCUGGGCCUGCUCCAGCCGCUGCCAGAAGUCAGCUGGGAGAAGACACUCAACCGAAACUUCUUGAUGGCCAAGAACACCCUCCGCACAGGCGACGCCAGCUUCUUCAAAAACACCCGAGCAACGCUCUUCGCCUCCGGCAUCGACUGGCCCGGCGUCGUCAAGCUGCACCUCCCCGCCGAUGUGGCCGCCGCGCUAGACACCCCCAAGCUCGAGGACAUCCAUAAACUCAACAAGGCCUUCAUCCUCGACGUCGAAGACCGAGCCAAAACCAUCAAACAGAAAAUCGAAGCCUCGAUCCGGGCCGGCAAGACCGAAGAGGAGCUCGAGGCUGAAAUCGACAGUUCCAUCGACGAGGGCAAGGAGCAGGUCAAUAAGAAAUUGGAGGAUCUUCGCGGGGAGCUGAAGGUUAUCAUCAGGAAGAUCCCGUCACCGGUGGCCAAGCAGGCUGCGGUUAAUGUCUGGCUUGAGAGUUGGGUCACCAUUCAAGAUGCGGUCGGCAGGAUUAUGGAGGCGUUUAAUGAUAUUGUGAACGCUGUUGCGAAGUUGGUUAAGCAGGUUUGGGCUGUGGUGCAGAAGGCUUGGAAGACGGUUGAGACGGUUGUGAAGGAUGUUGUGGAUUGGAUUGAAAGUCUCUUUGAUUGA